AUGUCAGUCAAUCAAAGAACACCGAACAAUAAGUUAUCGAAGAGCAAGAGAGCACAAAUGGCUCGGCCUUCGAGCGGCUUAAUCGACUCUGAAAUUUUUACAGGAUUUCGUUCAGACAUCGAAAAUGAAUCACUUAAUCCUCCAUAUAAAAGUCGUUUAUACAAUUUAUUUAGACAAAUAGAAAAAGAGUUUGAUUUGCUAUAUCAAGAGAAUCAAACUUUACAUGAAAAGAUAGAACUGCUUAAUGAGAAAUUGGAAAAAGAUGCAUCUGAUAAGCCAGAUAAUGUGGAGUAUGAAAGCAAUUUGUCCAAAGUAUUGGGGAAAAAAAUGUGGAAAAUUCCUCCAAUACAUUAUGAUACGUCUGGACCAACUAUGAGUUCAGCUACCCAGAAGAACAAAACCGCUCACAUAUUAAAAGCUCAAACCAGCAAAAUAGUUUCAAGUUUCAAAGCUCCACAGUAUGCUUGUGCCUUGUUGAAAGAGUACGUGGGACACAAAGAUGGUAUUUGGGAAGUAUCUGUAGCCAGACCUGGUGUUCCUGUGGUUGGAAGUGCAUCCGCCGAUCACACUGCCUGUUUAUGGAGCAUAGAUCGUGCAAAAUGUCUGCUACAGUAUCAAGGCCACACAGGAUCUGUAAAUUCAAUUAGGUUUCAUCCAGCGAAAGAUUUAGUCCUUACUGGAAGCGGAGACUGUACAGCUCAUAUCUGGCAAGCGGCACUGAAUUGGGAAUUACCGAGGGGACAAUCAUCUGAAGAAGAGUUAGAAGCUGAUGAGAUGGAGGAUAAAUCUGAAAUAAACAAAAUUGCAACUUUACGAACACCCUUUCAAGAAUUAAAGGGACACACUUCUCCUGUAGCUUCUGCAGAGUGGUUAGCAGGAGCCGAUCAAAUUAUUACUGGAGGAUGGGAUAGACUAGCCAUUCUGCACGAUGUUGAUACUGGUCAGCUUGUUACUACGUUAGCAGGUCACGAUCAGGAACUUAACCAUGUAGCUACUCAUCCAACUCAAAAAUUAGCAGUAACAUCGUCGAGGGAUACAACGUUUAGGUUAUGGGAUUUUAGGGAAAACGUUCAUUCGGUGUCUGUCUUUCAAGGCAUGCAGAGAGCGUAACAUCAGCAGUUUUUAACCGUGAAGACAAAGUAAUCUCGAGCUCAGAUGACCGCAGCGUAAAAGUUUGGGAUUUACGAAACAUGCGAUCACCUACUGCCACGAUACGAGUCGACUCCUCCGUUAAUCGAAUCAGCGUUUCUUCUCACGGUGUAAUCG